UCCUACAAGAAAUACCUCUGCGUCUAACUCAGAUCCGCCAGGAAAAGAUCCCAUCAUGGCGUCCCACAAGGUGUUGAUGCUCGGCGCUGGUUUCGUCACCCGUCCAACCCUCGAUAUCCUUUCCGAGUCAGGCAUUUCUGUCACUGUCGCUUGCAGAACCCUCGAGUCCGCCAAGUCACUCUCGGCUGGUGUCAAGAAUGCCAUCCCUAUUUCCCUCGACGUUACUAACGAUCAGGCCCUGGACGCCGAGCUUGCGAAGCACGACCUCGUCAUCAGCCUGAUCCCUUACACCUUCCAUGCCACCGUCAUCAAGUCUGCCAUCCGACAGAAGAAGCACGUUGUCACCACGAGCUACGUCUCGCCCGCUAUGCUGGAGCUCGACCAGCAAUGCAAGGAUGCCGGUAUAACUGUCAUGAACGAGAUCGGUCUGGACCCGGGUAUCGACCAUCUCUAUGCUGUCAAGACUAUCGAAGAAGUUCACAAGGAGGGCGGAAAGAUUACGUCUUUCCUGUCGUACUGUGGAGGUCUCCCUGCCCCAGAGAGCUCUGGAAACCCAUUGGGAUACAAGUUCUCCUGGUCACCCCGCGGUGUUCUUCUCGCCCUGCGAAAUGCUGCUAGCUUCUACCGAGAUGGGAAGGUUGUCAACGUGGCAGGCCCAGAUCUGAUGGCUACCGCUAAGCCAUACCGCAUCUAUCCAGGAUUCAACCUUGUCGCAUAUCCCAACAGAGAUUCAACCCCGUACAAGGAGCGCUAUAACAUCCCGGAGGCCCAGACCAUCAUUAGGGGUACUCUGCGCUAUGCCGGCUUCCCAGAAUUCGUCAAGGUUCUCGUCGAUAUUGGCUUCCUCGACGAUACCGAACGAGCCUCCUGCAAGGAACCCAAGCCCUGGAACCAGAUCACACAGGAUGUUCUUGCUGCUUCAUCCUCGGACGAGGCGGAGCUUAUCAAGGCCAUCUCCGCCAAGAGCACGUUCCACGACGAUGAGCAGAAGGAGCAUAUCCUGGCCGGUAUGAGAUGGCUUGGAAUGUUCUCGUCACAGAAGAUCACUCCACGAGGAAACCCCCUGGAUACCAUCUGUGCCACCCUCGAGCAGAAGAUGCAGUUUGGCGAGGGAGAACGGGAUCUUGUCAUUCUUCAGCACAAGUUCGAGGUGGAGUUGAAGGAUGGUAGCAAGCAAACCAGACUCUCCACCCUCUGCGAGUACGGCAGCACUGAGGCCGGUGGAUACUCAGCGAUGGCCAAGCUUGUUGGUGUCCCAUGCGCGGUUGCCGUCAAGCAAGUUCUGGAUGGAACCCUCGCCGAGAAGGGCGUUCUCGCUCCAAUGAACAGCAAGAUCAACGAUCCUCUGAUAAAGGAGCUCAAGGAGAAGUACGGAAUUGCCUGCAAGGAGGAGAUCGUCGCAUGAAGCAAUACCCAUGGGGCAAUUUUUCAGUAGCACAGUGGGAUUACGAUAGAAAUCAAAGGAAAAGAAACCUUAGCUUCUUUGUGAACAAUACAGACCGAUCGCAGUG